AUGAAUUCCAUCUUCAGUUCCUUCGAUGCUUUAUCUGCCGAAUUCAUGUGCCAAUCUUUUUCUUUCUUUAACACAAAGAACCCUGCUUCCACCAUUCAAGAUGAUCAAAAGAAGGUGAUGCAUGAAACCAACAAGAACACAGAUUGUCACCGGAGCAAGAGGGAUUCCGGUGGUCGGUGGGCGCCGGAGUUGGAUGGACUUCACUGCUUCGAGUCUCUAAGACUCGAAGCAGUGAAGCCCAUCCAACUCCGGCGCCCAGCGAGCACCAGAAACACUCUUGCUCCGGUGACAGUUGACGUCGGCGUUCUUGGUGGUAUUAUGCGUUACCUUCUUUUGAUCAUCUUGAAUGGUAGAAACAUGAUUCUUGGUGUUAAAGAAACGCAAAGAUUGGCACAUGAAUCCUGCAGAUAA